UCUCACAGUUUCUAAUGCUGCCAAAGCCAACACAACAAACGCCGUCGUUGCUGGGCUCGCCCCGUUAAGGAAACACCCUGCUGCGAGAACAAAUACGAGACCUGCCGAAUUCCCAUCAUCGUGCCAUGGCCUGUAUCCCAACGACACCGUUACUAAAUUUCGCCCUGGACAUCUACAAGCACAUUCAAGUUGAGCACGCCAGUGAAAGCGGGAACGUCUUCUGCUCCCCAUUCAGCAUAGCAGCGGCGCUUGCCAUGACAGUUGCGGGCGCACGGGGUAAUACGGCUGACGAGAUCAUGUCAGCCAUGCGGGUGGAGAGUGGUUUUCCGCUCCACAAGCAUUUCUCGCAACUUCGAGACUGCUUCAAAAAGUUUACUCCAGACACCACACUCCACAUCGCCAACCGAAUUUUCCUGGAAGAAACAUUCGAUCCAGUCCAAGAUUUCUGCAAGCUUCUCAAGGACUUCUACGACACCACAACCGUAUCCGUCAAUUUCCGAAGCGACGUAGAAGGAUCCAGGAAGCAAAUAAACCUUUGGGUCGAUGAGGCGACAGAAGGCAAAAUAAGGGACCUUCUUCCGCAAGGAGUACUGGAUGAAUUCACAACCCUGGUACUUGUGAACGCCAUUUAUUUCAAGGGUCUUUGGGAUCGAGCAUUUAAGCAGAGUUCCACCAAAGAAAUGGAUUUCUAUGAAACCUCUCAAAUUUCACGUAAAGUCGAGAUGAUGUUUCAGAAAGGAAGGUUCCGGAUCAAUCGCUGUGAUGACUUGAAAGUUACCGCCUUAAUUUUGCCCUACAAGGGUAAUAACGUGGCUAUGGCUAUAUUGCUUCCGGACGAUAUUGAGGGUCUGACGUUCCUUGAAGCUGCACUGACGCCAGAGAAAUUGAAGCCCCUCCUCUUCAACACUGCAGCCGAACAUAACGUUUCCUUGUACCUGCCUAAGUUCAAGUUGGAACAGGGAACAACAUUGAAGGGCAUACUACGUAAGAUGGGAAUGCAGCAAGCGUUCAAGGAUACGGCUGACCUGACAGGAAUCAGCGCUUACGAUGAUCUCAAGGUUUCCGAAGUUGUACACAAGGCUUUUGUGGAAGUUAACGAGGAAGGAACCGAAGCUGCGGCUGCAUCGGGGGCUGUAAUUCGACAGAAGCGUUGCCUGAUGGUAUGCGAAGAGGAGAUUUUUAAAGCGGAUCAUCCGUUCAUGUUUUCUAUUAUAUCGGUUGAACCGAGUGAAGUCCUUUUCAUAGGAUCCUUGAGACGUCCCUGAGCUCCCUAUGACAUCGGGGAAAAUCUUUAAAUUAUGAUGCAAUAGAAUAGAGUAUGUUAGAGUUGUCCUGCUUUCGAGAGUUUAUUACUUGCACCGAGACUGAUGUCUGAUGCUGUCCACUAAGUUGUAUAAGGAUGGUGUUAGUCGCAUACCAAAACAAGGUUAAAAUCCUGCGGGUUGGUGGUACAUUCUAAAACCGAUGAAACCCCCAGUGCAAGGGGAAAAUUCCUUUCUCAUAAAUCUUCUCUGUCUCUCUCUCUCUCUCUCUUUUGUUUUUGUUUUCUGUUGCGUGUGUGUGUGUGUGCUUCUUCUUUUCUUUCUUUUUUUUCUGGGAGCCUGCGCCCGUGCUUUUUUUUCUUUUUUACUUCUUUGUUCUUGUUCCUCCUGUUUACAAUGGACUCUGCUCUUACAUUCCACUGCCCGAACGCGACUGAACAUUAAUCGAUGUAAAAAUAGACACCAGCGUCUUUUGCUGUGCUUAUGUAAUGAAGCUAUGUCUAAAGGUGAAGUACCGCCGCUUGACAUAAGAAUCUCAGCGCCCAAAAUGAAUGCGGCUGGAAUAAAACGCAACUUCAA